UCAUGGUGUACCACCCAGAGUUUGAGCAUGCAGGUCAGAAGGCGGGACUUCAGGUGUGGCGGGUGGAGAAAAUGGAGCUUGUUCCUGUUACUGAGAAUCUCCAUGGAGGGUUUUUCACCGGAGAUGCUUACCUUGUUCUUCAUACUAUUAAGAACCGCAACGGAGCCAUGCAGUACGAUCUGCACUAUUGGCAAGGCUCAGAGUGCUCACAGGAUGAGAGUGGCGCAGCAGUCAUCUUUACAGUGCAGAUGGAUGACUAUCUACAUGGGUUGCCAAUCCAGUAUCGCGAAGUUCAGGGCCAUGAGUCCAGUACCUUCACCGGGUACUUCAAGAAAGGACUCAAGUACAUGAAAAGGGGCGUGGCAUCAGGGUUCAACCAUGUGGUGACCAAUGACGUGGAAGUUCAGAGGCUGCUGCAAGUAAAAGGUCGACGCGUCGUCAGAGCAACAGAGGUUCCUGUGACCUGGGACAGUUUCAACAAGGGAGACAGUUUUAUACUGGACCUGGGAGAGGAAAUCAUCCAGUGGUCGGGUUCCCAUAGCAACCGCUUUGAAAAACUGAAGGCCACAAUGGUGUCUAAAGGUAUCCGUGACGAUGAGCGGUGUGGCAGAGCAAAACUGAUUGUUUGUGACGAUGGUUCGGAGCCAGAAAGGAUGUUGGAGAUCCUUGGGGAGAAACCGGAGCUUCCUGAAGCUCACAGUGAUGAUACCAAAAUGGAUUCUGCUAACAGGAAACUGGCAAAACUUUACAAGGUGUCCAAUGCAGAUGGAGACAUUGAGGUUACCUUGACAGCAGAGGAAAAUCCAUUUCCUCAGUCUACACUGCAGUCCUGCGAGUGUUACAUCCUGGACAAUGGAGCAAAUGGACAAAUCUUUGUCUGGAAAGGAAAGGAUGCAAACAAUGAGGAGCGUCAUGCUGUUCUGAAGAGCUCAGAGCAGUUCAUUCACAAGAUGAACUACCCGGCACACACGCAGGUUCAGGUCCUUCCUGAGCAUGGAGAGACUCCGCUCUUCAAACAGUUCUUUAAAGACUGGAGGGACUCUGAUGACACUGUCGGCAUGGGAACGGCCUAUGUAGCUAAUCAGAUUGCAAAUAUAGAGAAGGUUCAAUUUGAUGUGUCAAAGCUCCACGAUUCAGAUGCAAUGUCAGCACAGUAUGGGAUGGUUGACCAAGGAGAUGGGGAGAAAAAGAUCUGGCGUAUUGAAGGAUCUGACAAAGUUCCUGUUGAUUCAUCAGUCCUUGGACAGUUCUAUGGAGGAGACAGUUACAUCAUCCUGUAUGAGUACCAUCACAACCACAGAAAGGGUCACAUCAUCUACAUAUGGCAGGGGGCAGAGUCUAGCCAGGAUGAGAUUGGAGCAUCAGCCAUCUUGGCUGUCCAGCUGGAUGAUGAACUAGGAGGAAGUGCUGUUCAGGUGAAUGUGGGUCAGGGAAAAGAGCCUGACCACCUCAUGAGCCUGUUUGGGGGCCAACCAAUGGUGGUGUACAAAGGUGGGACUUCCAGAGAGGGCGGCCAAUCAGUGGAGGCAGAUACACGCCUUUUCCAGGUUCGCUCCAAUCCUGCAGGCCACACCAGAGCUGUGGAGGUGGAACCGGCUGCUUCUUGUCUUAACUCCAGUGGUUUCCUCCUGGUCUCCUCCUCUGGAUGUUGGAUGUGGACAGGGAGGAGCAGCAGCUGUGUUGAGGCACAGGGGGCUGAGAAACUGGCUGGAAUUCUGCAAGUUACCCCCAACCAGUUGAAGGAGGGGGAUGAGGAAGAUGCAUUCUGGGAUGCGUUGGGGGGGAAGGAAGACUAUUGUCGUACAACAAGACUGUUGUCAUGCAAGAAUAACUUUGAAGCUCAUCCUCCUCGCCUGUUUGCGUGCUCCAACAAGACUGGAAAUUUCCUGAUGGAGGAGGUUCCAGGUGAGCUGACACAGGAUGACCUCGCUACUGAUGAUGUCAUGAUAUUGGAUACCUGGGACCAGGUGUUUGUUUGGAUCGGAGAUGAUGCCAGGCAGGAGGAGAGGACGGAGGCAGCAGCCUCAGCUGUCAAGUACAUUGAGAGUGACCCCGCCGACAGAGACCCUCGUACUCCCACAGUGAUGGUGAAACAGGGUUUUGAACCGCCCACUUUCACCGGCUGGUUCCUUGGCUGGAACCAUGAAUACUGGACAGACGACCUGCUGGAGCGAUUCACCAAGGGCCUGUGAUAGAGUGACAUCACUUCUCUGAGUUUGACUGCUGUGCUCUUAUUAAUAAUAAACAAAGCUUGUCAGUUUGCCCCAAAACA